AUGGGCUGCCAGCAGACAGGAAGCCUGUGGCUCUUCCUGCGCUUCCCGGCAGGGAUGGGACAGAGAAGGCACCACGCAUCCCUGCGGCAGGAGCGGGGAUACCGUCCCCCGGCCGGGGAGCAGUGCCCCCCAGCACUGACCCCUCUCCUGCCGCCCUCCCCAGGCAUCUACGUCUGUGCCAAGUGCGGCCACGAGCUGUUCUCCAGCCAUGCGAAGUACGAGCAUUCGUCCCCGUGGCCAGCCUUCACCGAGACCGUCCACGAGGACAGCGUGUCCAAGCGCAAGGAGCGGCCGGGGGCUUUAAAGGUGUCUUGUGGCAAGUGUGGCAACGGGCUCGGCCAUGAGUUCCUCAACGACGGGCCGAAGAGGGGGCAGUCCCGCUUCUGAAUAUUCAGCAGCUCGCUGAAGUUCGUCCCGAAAGGCAAAGCAGACGAGGACCUGAAGGAGAAGUAAGCGAGCUGCUCUACUUGGUACACUGCUCUUGGGCUGAUCCUGCGUUCACACCUUGGGGUGCACCCUCCGGUCAAGAGGGCACUGGGAGCAAGAGAAACCCCAAAGAAGCUCCUGGUUUCCCCUGGCCGGUUCCCUCCUCAGGGCUGCUCUGAUUCGGGGUGCUGGGAGGAGCACGGAGGAGGCGAGGGGAUAACGGGGUUGCUGAAGCUCUGUGCUUGCUGGGUGGUGGGUUGUGUGACCUGCGCCUGAGGGUGUUUCACACAAGUUGGGGUGAUGCAAAGGCUACAGCUCUUCAUUUUACCCGUCCUUACCCCCUCCCCAACCGUCUGUUCUCCCCAGCAUCCUCGCCUCUGCCGGUAGCAGCUACUGCUGGGUCCUUUUGGUUUUGUCCAUUAAAGCAGCGCGUGUGCCUGCGGUCCAGCCGCUGCUGAGCUCUGGGGCGGUUUUGCUCUUGACUUCAGCCCAGCCAGGACGCUCUCCAGAUCACAGCCAGGAGGGGCCGAUUCUGACGUGGCACCGAUGCAAUCCAGAGUCGCUCCGCUGGCAUUUCCAGGGAGCUGGAUUAGCUGAGGUCAGAGUCUGUGUUAAUCUCUGGUGCUAUUCUGGGCUGGGAUCAUGGUAUGAAUUGCUCUAUAUAAACCCUUCCAGGGUGCUAGGGCAAGGAUGAUUUUAUGAUCCUGCUAGACAGCAUCCAGAUAUUUCACCCCUCUACCCAUCUUGCACACAGCAGAGACAGUUCUAGAUUUCUCGUGUCCUCUGGGCUUGAUUCUGACUUGGCCUUACACCAGAUUUAUCACUCUGCUAUAAACCCCAGUGGCACUAGCGGUUCCUCCUUGCUGUGCACUGGUGCAGGGGAGGCCAGAAUCGGGCUCACGGGCUGCGCUUUGCACAACUCGGGCUUUGGGAAUCACGUCUGCAUUUCCUCUGCGCUCGGAAGGGCUGCGACACUGAUUUCUCCUUAAUUCAGCAUCUGAUUCGUGGCCUUCCCUCCCUGUCCCAGAAACCAAAUCCUCCUCUGAAAUCAACACGCAAGGAUUUUUGAAGACAGCAAAGCUUUUGCUGACCCGUGGGUCUGGUGGUGCAGCUCUAGUGCAACGCGUGAACGGUUUGGUGAGGCUGCGCUGCCGGCGCUGUUACGGUGCGGCUGCGCUCAGGGGCACGUUAGAGGCUUUUCUCUGCAUGUAUUUUGCCUCAAUCCCAUCAUUACGAGGGCACUGAUAAAAAUUGCAACGCGCCAGCUCAUUACCAGCAGUGAGCUUCAGCUCUUGUACCUCUCGCAAUACUGAAAAUAAAGCACUGAUUCACUGUGUUGGAGA